CACAUUAUUAACCCAUAGAAAUGGUCCUGCUCUCUCCUUCUGCCAUCCUCCCACGAGAUAUAAAAGACUUCAUCGCCUCAUACCCUUCUCAACUCCGCACAUCUCCCUCACAAUCUCCCAACUACAGCUUUUACACCGCACCCAGCUCAUCCAAACAUGGCGUAAUGGCCAUGCACCAGGAACUGAGGGGAGACUGGGAUGAGCUCGAGUGGAGACACAAUUUCGUCCAGUGGAUGUUUCCUAUAAGGGAACAGGGGAUGAAUCCAAACGCGACACCCCUGCAGGUACAUGAGAUUGGGAGGAUGAAACAGAGUGAGGAGAUCAUGCGCAGGCUCAGAGUGUCAUACGAGAUCAUGCUCGAGUUCUACGGGAUGCGCGUUCUAGAUCCGGAGACAGGCGAGCUGGACAUCACCCUCGAGCCUGAAAAGUCCGACGCCGGCUGGCCCGCAAGGUUCUACAACCUCGAGCACCGCAUGCACAACUACCUGCGUAUUACCCGCAUGCUCAAAUGCCUGCACGAGCUAUCACACCCACACUACGUCCCCUCCUUCCUCCUCUUCGUCCUCGCACUCCAGCAUCCUUCCACCUCCGACGACCAUUCACAACCCCGCCUCCGCAGCGCGAGGCUGGUCAGAAGCAUGGAUGGGUAUUGGAGACAUUGUAUACGGGAUGAAGUGGUGAGGGAAUGGGUGAGGAGCACGAUAGAGCGGGUUAGGGAGGACGGCCACUGGGGGUUGGGAGAGUACAGGAAGGCUGUUGAGGGAUAUAGGAAGACUGGGCGGUACGGGAGAGACAGUGGGGAUGGGAGUGUCGAGCAGGGGAAUGCCAUGGGUACAGAGUGAUCGGAGGUCAGAUCGGGCCUAUGUAUACCUCAUACCGCUGCAUCCAUACCGCUGAUACUUUGUAGGUAUCAGCUGUGCAUAAAU